ACCUGCUCGGGUCUCUGCGCUGUCGUCCAAGAAUGGCCGCUGCUGCAGCAGGAAUAAACAAGCAGGGCGCCGUAGCGACGAUGGAGCCCUGUAUCCGACACGGGAGAGGAGCUAAUGGGAGCACGGUUAAGGUGCUGGAAUGUGGUGUUUGUGAGGAUGUCUUCUCUCUCCAGGGGGACAAGGUCCCUCGUCUUCUGCUCUGCGGCCACACGGUGUGCCAUGACUGUCUAACCCGGUUGCCCCUCCAUGGCAGAGCGGUCCGCUGCCCCUUUGACAGGCAGGUCACUGAGCUGGGGGACUCUGGAGUUUGGGGUCUAAAGAAAAACUUUGCUCUGCUUGAACUCUUGGAGAGACUCCAGAAUGGAGCGACUAACCAGUCAGGAAUGGCAGAGGACGCCUUGAAAGGCAUGGGAGAAUGUAUAAUUCGCUGCGACGAGGAUGAGAGCCACACAGCCUCCAUGUACUGUACUGUGUGUGCCACCCACCUGUGUGGCGAGUGCUCUCAGCUCACCCACUCCACUCGCACACUUGCCAAACACCGGCGGGUGCCACUGGCCGAUAAGCCCCACGAGAAGACCUUGUGCCCACAGCAUCAGGUCCAUGCCAUCGAGUUUGUCUGCCUGGAGGAAGCUUGUCAGUCCGGGCCCCUCAUGUGCUGUGUAUGUAAGGAGUACGGCAAGCACCAGGGCCAUAAGCAUGCUGUUCUUGAGACUGAAGCCAAUCAGAUUCGUGCAUCCAUUCUGGACAUGGCCCACUGUAUCCGAACCUUCACAGAGGAGGUGUCCGAGUACUCCAGGAAGUUGGUGGGCAUCGUGCAGCAGAUAGAAGGUGGCGAGCAGAUAGUUGAGGAUGGAGUAGGCAUGGCACACACUGAACAUGUCCCUGGCACAGCAGAGAGCGCCCGCUCUUGCGUCCGAGCUUACUUUGCAGAUCUGCAUGAGACCCUGUGUCGGCAGGAGGAGAUGGCGCUGAGCGUGGUGGACGCCCAUGUAAGGGAGAGGCUCAUCUGGCUGAGGCAGCAGCAGGAGGAUAUGACCAUCCUGCUGUCUCAGGUGUCCACCGCCUGCCUGCACUGUGAGAAAACACUUCAGCAGGACGACUGCAGAGUUGUUCUGGCAAAGCAGGAGAUCAACUGUUUGCUGGAGACGCUUCAGAAGCAGCAACACCAGUUCACUGAGCUGGCAGAUCACAUUCAGCUGGAUGCCGGCAUCCCAGUCACGUUCACUAAGGACAACAGGGUCCACAUUGGUCCAAAGAUGGAGAUCCGCGUAGUGACUCUGGGGCUCGAUGGUGCUGGAAAAACCACCAUCCUCUUCAAGCUGAAACAAGACGAGUUCAUGCAGCCCAUCCCAACCAUUGGUUUCAAUGUGGAGACGGUUGAAUAUAAGAACCUAAAAUUCACCAUCUGGGAUGUGGGUGGGAAGCACAAGCUCAGACCCCUCUGGAAACACUAUUAUCUAAACACUCAAGCGGUGGUGUUUGUGAUUGACAGCUGCCACCGGGACAGACUCAUGGAGGCCCACAGUGAGCUGGCCAAACUGCUGACAGAGAAGGAGCUGCGAGAUGCCUUGCUGCUCAUCUUUGCAAAUAAACAGGACGUUCCCGGCGCUGUGUCUGUGGAGGAGAUGACGGAGCUGCUAAGUCUGCACAAGCUGUGCUGUGGGAGGAGCUGGCACAUUCAGGGCUGUGACGCCCGCAGCGGGAUGGGCCUCCACGAGGGGCUGGAUUGGCUCUCCAGACAGCUGGUAGCUGCCGGCGUCCUGGACGUCGCCUAAAUGCCGCCUCCCUCCACAUGCGGACUCUUUUCACUCUCCACCCAACCCCCUGAAAUCUGAACACAAACCCCCAGCCUCUGAGCCUGGUUCAUCAGUUCUCCAAAAACUUUUUAACAUGAGCUUCGUUACAAGGCUGCAGCUUUAAACCCGACUUCUCCACCUUUCCAUCUCCGAGCACCAUUGUCGGCAAAGAAAACAAAAGACGUAUACAUCUUCUCUAGCUUCGUAAUAUGGGAACUACAAAUAUGUCUUCAAGCCUGCCCUUCCUGCUACUCCCGACCUCUGAGAAAUAGUCACUGGACCUAAAUCCUGAGUUGAGACUACAUCCUCCCAUCCUGCUUUAUGCCUUCAUGUGGCUUACACACUUCAUUUUUUCUUCAUAGUUUAGGUGAUGAGCUGUUUAUCUGGCAUUUAUAGCUUUUGAACUUAGGUCCAGUUAAAUGUUAGACAUGCUCCUUGUGCCCUGACAAAGUGAACUGUG